UGCGCGCUCCCUCCCUUCCUCCCGGACUGAGCUAGGAGGGACGCCGCGGCUGCCCCUCCCGGGCCUCGCGGAGGAAACCGAAACAAAAGCCCGGUGCUUCUACUCUCCGACCCGGCCUGCCGGGUGCAGAGGAGGCCGCGCGCACGGCCGGAGCCGAGCGUGGCGCAUACGCGGGCGCCGGCGGGUCCCCAGGUCUUCCCGCCGCUAGUGCAGCGGAGACGGCGACCGCUGUUCCUCCCUCUUCCCUGCUCGGUCGCCCGCGGGCGCGGCCUGGUGCGUGAGCGGCGCGCAGAAUGGGCAGGUGCUGCUUCUACACGGUGGGGACGCUCUCCCUGCUCCUUCUAGUGACCAGCAUCACGGUGCUGGUGGCCCAGGUCUUCCAGAAGGUCGUGGACCAGGCGAUCAAGAAGAAUAUUGUAUUAAAAAAUGGUACUGAGACCUUUGACUCUUGGGAGAAGCCCCCUCUGCCUGUAUACACCCAGUUCUAUUUCUUCAAUGUCACCAAUCCAGAGGAGAUCCUCGAGGGAGAGAUCCCUCAGGUAACAGAAGUGGGGCCAUAUACCUACAGAGAGAUCAGAAGCAAAGGAAAUAUUCAAUUUGGGGAUAAUGGAACAGUAGUAUCUGCUGUUAGCAACAAGGCCUAUGUUUUUGAACGAGCUCUUUCUGUUGGAGACCCUAAAAUUGACUUGCUUAGAACAAUAAAUAUUCCUGUAUUGACUGCCAUGGAAUGGGCCCAGACCUACCACAUCGGCAUGUUCAUCAAGGCCAUGUUGAAAGCCUAUCCGCAGAAGCUGUUUGUGACUCACACCGUCCACGAGUUGCUCUGGGGCUACAAAGAUGAGAUCUUAUCCCUUAUCAGCACUUUAAGACCAGACAUCUCUCCCUAUUUUGGAUUGUUCUAUGGGAAAAAUGGGACUAAUGAUGGAGAUUAUGUUUUUCUAACUGGAGAAGAUAAUUACCUUAAUUUUACAAAGAUUUUGGAGUGGAAUGGAAAAACGUCACUUAACUGGUGGACAACAGAGAAGUGCAAUAUGAUUAAUGGGACAGAUGGAGAUUCUUUUCACCCAUUAAUAACCAAAGAUGAAGUCCUUUAUGUCUUUCCGUCUGAUUUUUGCAGGUCAGUGUAUAUAACCUUCAGUGACUUUGAGAGUGUGCAGGGACUGUCUGCCUUUCGGUACAAAGUGCCUGCAGAAAUCUUAGCCAAUACCUCAGACAAUGCUGGCUUCUGUAUACCUGAAGGAAACUGCCUGGGCUCAGGAGUCUUGAAUGUCAGCAUCUGCAAGAAUGGUGCACCCAUUAUUAUGUCUUUUCCACACUUCUACCAAGCGGAUGAGAAGUUUGUUUCGGCCAUAGCAGGCAUACAUCCAAAUAAGGAGUAUCAUGAGACUUUUGUGGACAUUAAUCCCUUGACUGGGAUUAUCUUGAGAGCAGCCAAGAGGUUCCAAAUCAACAUUUAUGUCAGAAAAUUAGAUGCCUUUGUUGAAACAGGAAAUAUUAGAACUAUGGUUUUCCCUGUGAUGUAUCUCAAUGAGACUGUUCUCAUUGAUGAAGAAACUGCAAGUCGACUGAGGUCUGUGAUUAACACUACUUUGGUCAUCACCAACAUACCCUACAUCAUCAUGGCCCUUGGUGUGUUCUUUGGUUUGAUCUUCACCUGGCUUGCAUGCAGAGGACAGGGAUCCAUGGAUGAGGGAACAGCAGAUGAAAGAGCACCCCUCAUUCGAACCUAACCAUCGAGCUUGGUGAAGGAACCAUGUGCACUGUCCUGACCUGCAUUAUGGUGUGGGGAAACCUUCAGCAUCCUCACCGACUUGUUUCCUGUUGUAGGGAGAAGGGGAGGACCCAGCUGACAAGUGUUUGAGAGUAUUCCAGCCAGCAAGUUAAAAAACAGGGUGAUAUGGCUGGCCAUUAUGCUUUAUAAAAUCAUAUGGUCCCUGACAAAUUGUUUUGUUUUUCAAGUGUCUAGCAAGUAUUUAAUAAACUCUUCUAUAGUAAUGUUUUCAUUGUUGGGUACUGGUAGCUCCCGAAAUGUGUGACCACUGUUGUGGUUAUGAUGUCUCUGCAUCACUUGUUAAUGCUACUUGGGCUAACCUUAUGCUUCAUUCAGCGAAGUUCGUGCUCAAAAUACAUGUAUUCCAUUUUA